UGCCAGAAGAACGUCGGUCUCAGGAAGCAGCGGUGCUUAUUUCAUAUUUUGUUGCGAUAAAAUCGAGGGAAACGUAGGAUUUCGGGCAACAGCGGCACAGAUGUAGGCGGUUAAAUAUUGCCGAAUUAUUUGACGGCAGGUUUCUCGUGACGUGUGUGGGAUUUUGUUAUGAUUUGGCGCUGAUAUCGGCGAUGUUUACUGUUAGUCGGGUUCUGUGACGGGCAGCCAAUAACUGCUGCAGCUCAGCUGCCUAGGAAUUAGGCAGAAACGUAAUAACACAUCUCAUUUAUUCAUCUACUUUUCUGCUGGGUCGUGGGUUGGCGACACGCCAAUAAUUUACUCUGGAGCAGGACACGGAGGAUAGUAUGGCCAUGACGGGAGGGACGGCAGCAUCCCUUCCCAUGAGCAACCACACCCGGGAGAGGGUGACCGUGGCCAAGCUGACCCUGGAGAAUUUCUACAGCACUCUGCUCACGCAGCACGAGGAGCGCGAGAUGAGGCAGAAGAAGCUUGAGAAGGCCAUGGACGAAGAGGGUCUGCAUGAUGAAGAGAAAGUAAUGCGGCGCUCGCAGCACGCCCGUAAGGAGACCGAGUUCCUGCGCCUAAAGAGGACGCGACUUGGCCUGGAUGACUUCGAGUCCCUCAAGGUUAUUGGACGAGGUGCAUUUGGAGAGGUCCGGUUGGUACAGAAGAAAGACACGGGGCACAUCUAUGCCAUGAAGAUUUUAAGAAAAGCAGAUAUGCUGGAGAAAGAACAGGUGGCUCACAUCCGGGCAGAGAGGGACAUUCUGGUGGAGGCGGACAGCGCUUGGGUGGUCAAGAUGUUCUACAGCUUCCAGGACAAGAGGAACCUCUACCUCAUCAUGGAGUUCCUGCCCGGGGGUGACAUGAUGACGCUGCUGAUGAAGAAGGACACGCUGUCUGAAGAGGCCACGCAGUUCUACAUCGCAGAGACGGUUCUGGCCAUCGACUCCAUCCACCAGCUGGGCUUCAUCCACCGGGACAUCAAGCCAGACAACCUGCUGCUGGACUCCCGGGGGCACGUAAAACUGUCGGAUUUUGGCCUGUGCACGGGACUGAAGAAGGCUCAUCGCACUGAAUUUUAUAGGAACCUGACGCACAACCCGCCCAGCGAUUUCUCUUUUCAGAAUAUGAAUUCGAAGAGGAAAGCAGAAACAUGGAAGAAGAACAGGAGACAGCUGGCUUACUCCACGGUGGGAACGCCAGACUACAUCGCUCCCGAAGUCUUCAUGCAGACGGGAUACAACAAGCUGUGUGACUGGUGGUCUCUGGGCGUCAUCAUGUAUGAAAUGCUCAUCGGUUAUCCACCGUUCUGCUCAGAGACGCCGCAGGAGACAUACAGGAAGGUCAUGAACUGGAAGGAAACGCUCGUCUUUCCCCCUGAAGUCCCCAUUUCAGAGAAGGCCAAAGACUUGAUACUAAGGUACUGCACUGAUGCGGAGAACAGGAUCGGAGCCGUGAGCGUGGAGGAGAUCAAGACUCACCCGUUCUUUGAGUCCGUGGACUGGGAGCACAUCAGGGAGCGGCCGGCAGCCAUUUCUAUCGAAAUCAAAAGUAUCGAUGACACGUCAAACUUCGACGAUUUCCCAGAGUCAGACAUUCUUCAGCCAGCCAACACGACGGAGCCCGACUUCAAAUCAAAGGACUGGGUGUUCCUCAACUACACGUACAAGCGCUUCGAGGGCCUGACUCAGCGAGGCACCAUUCCCACAUACAUGAAGGCAGGGAAGGCCUGACGCACUCACGCGGCGAGGCAGCGUCCUGCGGAAAACUUGAGACUUUUACGGACACAGGGUCGGGCCGUGGAGCCCCCGCUGGUGCUGGAGGCUGCGCCGCCAGCCCGUCAGUCUAAAUUUAACCCUCAUCACAAGUUACUUAGGUCUGUUCAGCCGCCACGAGAACGCCAACAGCUCAGAAUUGAAGGAGCCUUACCGCAUUACCUCGGUUGUUUGUAUCAUACGUGCCGUAUUUAGCCAUAGCUCUCAGGCCAGCUCAUCAACUAGGACACUAAAUCAGGAUAUUCUGCAUGAUCACAGCCUCUUGCUUUUUUUUUUUUUUUUUUAACUUUCUAAAAGUGACAGAGGGGCUGAGGCUUGAAAACGAUCCUCACGCUGGUAGUUCUUACACUGGUGGCUGAACGAACUCAGAUGCAAGCUUGAGUUUCUCAUUGAAGGCAAGCUCUGAACACUGUAGUCAAACUCUGGAUGAGCGAUAAGAAGUUACUCUGGAAGGAAGGUUCCAGCAUGAUUCAGCGUCUGCAACCUUUUUUUGCUUUUAAAUUUCUAGCCGAGAUUAAACGUAGAUUCAUAUAAUCUAAAUAACAUGAGCAUCAAACACAGUUGAAACAGAUAUCAGUUAGGUGGAACAUGAAGAUAUUGUCUAAUAGUGACGCUAUCUAAGACAUCAGCUUCAGAUAGAUGUUUGGUGGACUUGAGAUCCAGCAGCAGUAUAAACAUGACUGGCAUCCUGAACCAUGUAGAUGAAGGGAUUGAGACCAGUCCCAUCAGGACAGCGUCCUGAUAAAGAUAAAGGACACAACUGAGAGUGACUUUUUGUUGCUUUAAAGCAAGAGUAAGAGGUCCCAGUAAGAGUCAAGGGUUCUGGUUUUCAUCUAACGUGUCAAAC